GUGGGCUAGGUGGGGCCAUCUAAGAGCUAGGCGUGGCUACUUACCCACCUGUACCUAGGUUUGCCAGCUGUCUUCCAACUGUCUUUGACACCAGGGACUAGUACCUACAUAGUAUGUAUCCCAUGUAAUCCCGCAACCACGAUAUAAUCUAAUUAUGUGUUGAUCUCGCGGACUACGUCUUGUUGUGCCUCUGUCUAACUCGGUACAGAGCACGCCCCACCCCCAUAGGAAUCUAUGCCGACAGACGAUUACGUGUCGGCGGGGUCCGGAGGCGCCCUCAAACUGAAAGGUGCGAAAAUCCAGAAGACCAAGAAGCAGAAGAAGAGCAAGAGCAAGAGCAAGAGCAAGAGCAAAGACAAAGACAAAGACAAAGACAAAGACAAAGACAAAUCGGCAAGCCUCGAACGUGCCUUAUCAGGUACGCCUGCAGUUGAGACGCCAUCGGAGAUAGCAGAGGUCAAAGAUGUUGAAAAGGCAGGGGCAAAUGCCCCCGAAUCUGAUCCCGAGCCCGAGUAUAAGACAGAAGCCGAACGGCGGCAUGAAGAGGCGAUGAAGAAGAAGAUGCAACGAAUGCUUGAGGAUCCUGCCCUGGCUUCAGAGAUACGAAAAACGCAUAAGGAAAGAGUAGAAAGCUUGAACACAUAUCUAUCCAAACUAAGCGAGCACCAUGAUAUGCCCAAGAUCGGCCCUGGAUAAACAGCACAGCUACCUUUAACAAUAUCAAACAGCAAAUGGCCGCCCCGCGGUUGACGACCAUAUGUGUUCUCGCCGAGUGUUGGAGGCACAAUUUGCAGCUUACUGCUUCUGAUUUGAAACUAUGAUAUCGGAUUCAGACAAUGUAUAUUUUUGAGGAAUACUCCGGCUGGACGAGUCAAGCUUUGCGUUCUGCUACCACAUUCCACGAUCUACAAUCUAGUAACCUCUCCAAACAAACCGGCGGCCCAACUUACACAAGACCGUCUCGUGACUUAGCCGAACACCCCGUCUCUCAAUGAGCUCUCCGACUUGACAAUAGGUAGCUACAUCAUAGGCGGUAACUAUAGCUGAACGCAACGGCGGGAAGGCGUACGCGAGAGCUCGAAGUGAACACAAUACCGUUUCGGGGCCGUUAAUACGCUCGGCGCCCGCAACGUGGUGAUAAUUUUAAGAGCCACGAUAUUCCGUCAUGUAUGUGGUGUGAAUGAAACAAC